AUGGGGAGUAACAAAGUUUUUGCUGUCACCGUGUUUUUUAUUUGUUUUCGAGAAUGUCUCGAGACGACGGUGGUUGUAUCAGUUCUGCUGGCUUUUUUAAAGCAGUCGCUGUCCGAAAGUGAUCGCCCGACGUAUAAAAGACUGGUGAAACAAGUCUGGCUGGGAUGCGGCUUAGGACUAUUUAUUUGUCUCGCAGUCGGCGCAGGCAUGAUCGGUGGUUUCUACGGCCUCGGAACAGAUACUUUCUCCAGCACUGAGGAUAUUUGGGAGGGUGUUCUGGGAAUCAUUGCAUCGAUCAUUAUCACGAUUAUGGGUGCGGCCCUGCUGCGGGUGUCUAAACUUCAAGACAAAUGGCGUGUCAAGCUCGCCAAGGCCCUCCAAACCGAGCAUGAUCCCAAUGAGACAAAGAAGGGUCGCGUCAAGAGAUGGUUGGAGAAAUACGCUAUGUUUAUCCUGCCAUUUAUCACCGUUCUCCGGGAGGGUCUCGAGGCCGUUGUCUAUGUCGGUGGUGUUGGAUUAGGGCUUCCUGCCACUUCCUUCCCCUUGGCUGUCGUCUGCGGCCUUUUGGCCGGUAUCGCAGUGGGCUAUAUUAUCUACCGAGGUGGACGACAGACUUCGAUGCAGAUAUUCUUGAUUAUUUCCACUUGCUUCCUCUACCUCGUUGCCGCCGGUCUUUUCUCGCGUGGUGUCUGGUACUUGGAGAACAAUGCUUGGAACAAUAUUAUCGGAGGCGACGCGUCGGAGACUGGCUCCGGUGCUGGAUCCUACGACAUCCGACAGAGUGUCUGGCACGUGAACUGCUGCAACCCAGAGCUAGGAGGUGGCGGCGGUUGGGGUAUCUUCAACGCGCUUCUUGGUUGGACCAAUUCCGCCGACUAUGGCUCCGUGAUCGCGUACAACUUAUACUGGAUUUGUGUCAUGAUUGGCUACGGGCUGAUGUUCUACCGCGAGAAGCGCGGGGCUAUUCCUGUCAUUGACCCGGCUAUGAACAGAGUCGCAAGAGCCAAGGCUAGAGCCAGAGCCUUUAUCCUGUGCCGUCCCUAUAAAGAUCCGACGGCACCCGUGGAGACAACAGUACCUGUUGAUACGGCCGUCCCCGUUUCGGAGAAACGUGCAGAGACAGGCGUUUUGGCUCUUUAG